UCUAAUUUUGUCAUUACAAUGUAUUUGUUUGCCAUGGGAAUAUAAAACUUGGGGGAAACAGAAAAGCACACUUUCUGACAGCAUGUUACAGUAGAAGGAACUGUUUCCACAUGUGACAUUUAAGGACAAAGACAGAUAUACUAUUGGAGAUAUGAAUGUGUUAAUCAUGGUAACCUUUAUUCUAAAUAUAGCAAUCGUUUCAUUGCAUGCAUUCAAUGUCAACGCAACGAAUUUAUUUUACCAGUAUGCACUUAUCUGUGGACCGAACUUUCAUAAUAGUUCUUUAAACAUCUGGUCUUUUCCGUCAGUGCCAAAGCAAUUAAAUAUUUGCGAGGAAUGUAAUCGUAGUAUAGACUGCAGUGCUUCUAACUGUUGCCCAGAUAUAGAAUUAUCGCGUCAAAUAGGGCAAUGUGAAAGCAAUAUAAUAUAUUCAUCAGAACCGAAUGAAAUUUAUAACGAAUACAGAAUGUUAUCUACGUGUCCCCACAAUACAAGAUCAACACUUAAUGAACUAUGUGUGAAGAGACGAAGCAUUCAACAAAGAAUUCAGGAUGCACCUGUCACGUCUAGAUUAACAAGAAUAUCAUUUCGAAACAAGUUUUGUGCUCUUUGCAACAAUGAAACUAAUUAUGUACCAUGGGAUGUUGAUAUCAUUUAUACAUGUAAUGGUGUUUCUGAAUAUUUAACCGCUAAAUAUGUUGUGGAAACUAUUGCUAGUCAAAAGUGUGGAACAAUUAAGUAUCGUCCGGGCAUAAUAGGUGUGAUACAAUGCAAUAAACCUGAUUUUUCCUUAAUACAUACAUGUAACGUCACUGGAACGUGGUUGAAAUUUGACAAAGACAUCGAAUUUGCGUGUAACAAAUUUGAAAAUAAAUUUAGAUAUUAUAAAAAUAUAUUUUGCUAUAUUUGCAAUCCUCCUGUAACAUUUCAAGAAAGAUUGAUCAUAUCAAAGUGCAAUUUAACAGGAUUAUGGACGGAAUAUAGCAGAGAUAUGGAAAAUUCAUGCAGAAUAGCCGAACAAAGUAAAGCCACAUAUCCUUAUAAGAAUAUAUUUUGUUAUAUUUGUAAUCACAACAUACCGGAGAAAAAUGUGUUUCACUUGGAGUCAUCCUUAGAUUCUUUCAAGUAUUAUUUAUUUGAUAAUUUCCAUAAUAAAGAUCAUUAUAAAAAGGAGAACGAAACAUUUGACUCAGAGAGUAUUGCAAACGGCCACAAAGAAUUUUACCGGUGGCAUAUCAUGUUAUCCUGUCCAAUAUCUCUUCCUGUUGGUGUUCUGGAGAAUAAUCACUCAACUUUUGAAAAACUAGGCAUGGCAAAAUAUUGCAAUAUAACUAAGCAAUACAUCGACAUAUUCGUUAUAGAUAAGAAGUACCAUUCUUUGGCAAUACUAUUCAAAAUGUACUGGGCAUUUGUUUUUUCAACAAAUUACAUUAUUUAUUCAAUUUACAACGAUACACAAAUACGUUGUACGGAUUGCUCAGAGGUGCACGACAUGUAUUUUAGAAUAUUUACACCACAGUGUGAAUCUUUUAUUCAAAAGGAAAACUAUCGGUAUCCAUUAGAAUACCUAAUGUGCGUUUGUUCUAAGAGAAGUGGGACGGAUGUGUUGUAUCCACCAAUUUUUAUUGGUGGUAAAACUGCAUUUAAUAUUUUUCGUAUAAAAUCGUAUUCAACACUUGCAAGCCAAUGCCGUGAAACACAGAUAUAUGAUCAUUAUAAGGAUAUAUGUCGUACGGCUGGCUGUUUUAUAAGUAAAAAAUUCCACCAAAAAAGAUGUGUUGACGAUUCGUCCUUUAAUAUUUCUGGAUAUACACUGCCACUGAAACUUGAGCAAGUAAAUAAAAGUGAGUUUAUCAUUGACAAAGUUAUAGCCAACAUGGAAUUACAAUGUAAUCGGAAUAUAACUUAUUCAACUCCUUUUUGUUUGAACGACGUUGAAAAUAAAAAUGAUAGCAUAUUAUUUCUCCUGAUAGAAGCUGUAAACCAACUUAAUAGAACUCAUUUUGAACACGAAUUAUUAGAAUUCAUAUCCGGUGAUUAUAUGUCCCAAUUUAUAAAUACCAUUAAUUUAAAUGAUAAAAAGAUUAUCGCAGAUGUCAUUUAUAGUAGGAAUAAGUCAAUUUCAUGUAUUCCCAGCUUGUAUCCUCUUCUGUCGAAAAUAUUAAUGUGCAGACAUGUAGUUUUCAAGUUGAAUGAAUACAGCAAUGUCGAUUUCAUCGUGAGAGUGAAUGGAUUUGUAAAUGAGUUUCAAUUAUAUGAUUAUCAUAUAGACACAAACAAUGAUCUGUGGCUUUGCUUGGAGGAUUUCGAUUCUUUAGAAAAACCAAACGAUUAUACAAACGUCAUAUAUUUUGUGAUAUUUAUUAUCUGCAGUGUAGUAUCGUCAUUGUCUUUACUCAUGACGUUAACAACGUACUGUUUAUUUCCAAAAUUACGAACUGUUCCAGGUAAAAAUUUAAUGAGUCUAUCUGUUUCACUUCUAUUGCACCACAUUACAUUCAUUCUAUUCAUGACGACACAUGAAACCGGAACAUUUUGUAUGAUACUGGCCAUUUCAAUGCAUUAUUUUCUGUUGUCUUCAUUCGGGUGUCUUUUUGUUUGUGCAUGGCACAUGUUCAAGAUCUUUGGCACUGGAAGCAUUGCUUUAACAAUAGAGGCAAGCAGAAACAAACACUCAAUUCGAUGGUACAUCACAUUUUCCUAUUUGUACGGAUUGAUGUUGAUAGUAACAAGUAUUAUCAUCUAUGCGACAAUUACUGAUGGAGAGUCUAUAGGAUACGGCGAUAGGCAUUGUUUUAUUUCGUUUAGAGAAAUGAUAUUUGCUACUUUGAUAACUCCACUUGUGAUUUUGUCAGGAGCAGAUAUAAUACUUUUUGUUAUCACAGUCUACCGACUAAAAAACCGACCACGUAUCAUGACUGAUGAUACAGAGAAACGAAAAGAUGUAUGGAUAUUUUUAAGGCUAUUUGCAGCCACUGGAUGUUCCUGGAUACUUCUGUUGAUAAACGCUUUCGUUGAAAAUUCAACUUUGGCCUUAAUUAUUUCUUGUAUAAACAGUUUGCAAGGUUUAUACAUAUUUAUAGCAUACAUCUGCAACAAACGCAUAUAUAAUAUGUAUAUUUCUAAACUACGCCAUGGAGAACAUAGCAAUAAGAAAAAGCAUUCCCCUUCAACUUCAUUAACAUCUUUAACAAAAAUAAGAACAAAUAUCAUAGAACAAAGUUCUCCAUUAAUUCAAAGGAAGAUCAACACCUGAAAACAUUGCCUAUUUGUGUUAUAAAUUUCAUGAAGCUCCUCAAUUCAUAAUAUAUUUUGGUUUUAACUUUGAAAUUGCAUGCUUUUUAAAUAAUUUUCUUUAUUCUUCAGAAAUCAUAAAUACUCUGAAAAUGCAACCUUGAAGGAUACUGUUUUCAGUAGUUCUCUAUUUAUGCACAUACGUAAGGUUAUUCGGUGAACCAUAAAAACGAUUUUACCCAAACUCCAUUGUUUUUUUUUUCUCAAUCAGGAAUGCACAUUUUUGAAAAAGAUGACACUUGCAAAAAAUUUAAUACAGGCAAAUAUACCUUACAAAAACAUAAUUUUUCAAAUUAAUACUAUAAAUUGUUAGAAAUUUCCGUUUUCAGAUUCCUUAUGCUGAAUAAUAUACUUUGGUCGCCAUUUUGCACCGUUCAACAUAAACUGGUAGAGAAAAUUGUUAUCCAAAAUAUUUGUUUAUAUUUGUAUUUAUUUUUAUUUUCUUAUUCUUGAUGUUUUUUGCAAGAAAGAAGUUAUAUAUGAAUCUAACAUAAAGUAUAAUCAUAUAAAAAGACAUUAUGAAUAAGUUAUCAUAGAUAAUGAAAAACUUUAUUUGAUAUCGAAUUGCUCAUUUACGGAAUCUAAAUAAAUAAUACCAUUCAUACAUUUUUAUUGCCGAUUCCAAAGAUUCAACCUGAUAAGUGAACAAGUAUUAAUCGUCUGGAAUCAUAAAAAAGUAAUAUACUGGACAUUUUCUGCUUAGAAAUCCGAUAAAGGACUAAGUAGUGCCAUACUACAUAUGAACAGGAGAUUAAUGAAUGCUUGUGGACGAUUAUUACUUGUAUUUCUACUAACCAUUAUAAAAGAUACUGCUACAUGUAUAUUAACAAAAGUACCCUUUUAUUACAUAUAGUCAACAAAAUGUUGACCUUCGUUUUGUUUCAUGAUCAAAUAUACUUAUUUUUAUCUAGACAAACUAUGAAAUACUAGAAAA